AUUUUUAUUUUAUCUAUGUUUGACAUUAACAAAACAACAACACAAUCGAGUAUACAAUCUUAGAACACAAUUGUAUAGUCUCCAUACGUAUGAAUUUGAUAAAAUAGUGAAUUUUCGAAGGGAUUCAUCAUGGGUAAUCAACUAGUGGGCAUAGCGCCUUCUCAAAUCUACACAGUAGACCGAUAUCUAACUGAUAUUCCAAAUAUAAAAUUCGACACAAGUCUCGGAAGCACUCGGUUUUUAAAAGUAGCCAGAGCUGAUUCUCAAGAGGGAUUGUUAGUAGUAAAGGUAUUUACGAUUCACGAUCCCUCGUUACCGCUCUCCCCUUACAAAGACCAUUUAGAAAAUGUGAGAAAGAAAUUGAGCUCUGCAGUCAACUGCUCACCAUAUCAGAGAAUUAUUCUAACGGAAAAAGCGGGAAUAAUAAUGAGGGAGUACAUAAAAUAUAGUUUGUAUGAUAGAAUUAGUACUAGACCGUUUUUAACGGAUAUCGAAAAACGUUGGAUAACUUUCCAAAUAUUAUACGCCCUCCAUCAAUGUCACAAAGUUGGGGUUUGUCACGGUGAUAUUAAACUCGAAAAUAUUACAGUAACUUCUUGGAAUUGGGUUAUGUUGGUUGAUUUCGCUUCGUUUAAACCGACUUUCCUUCCGAUUGAUAAUCCAGCUGAUUAUUCGUAUUUUUUUGAUACAUCUCGUAGAAGGGUUUGUUAUUUAGCCCCAGAAAGAUUUUCUAGUACUAGUACUACGAUAACUGAAAGUAGUUCAUUAAUUGCUGAAGCAAAUUGUGAUUCUGGUGACUUAACACCGGCUAUGGACAUUUUUUCUGCGGGAUGCGCGUUAUUAGAACUUUGGAACGAAUUACACGUUCCUUUUGAAUAUUCUCAACUAUUAUCCUAUUGUAAUGGGAAAUAUUCUCCUCAAAAACAUCUUAAUAAAUUAGAGGAUCCUAAUCUCAAGUCUCUAAUAUCGAACAUGAUAGAAAAAUAUCCUUCUAAAAGAAAGAGCGCCGAGGAUUACUUAGCGGAAUAUCGUGGAACUUUAUUUCCAGAAUAUUUUUUUUCGUUUUUACAAUCGUAUAUGCUGAUUUUUUCAUCUAGUCCCAUAUUAUCAGCCGAUGAGAAAAUAAUUCGUUUAAAGAACGAUAUAAACGAUAUAUUUACCUUUUUGGGGCCUAUGACUAAGUCCAAGGAAGAUAACGAUAGUGAUAAAACAGAUAAUGAAAAAAUUGAUAAAGGAGAAUGUGAAGGACUAGUUAUUAUAACAGCUUUAGUGACUUCUUGUAUAAGAGGGCUCCAUACGUGUUCCUCUAAACUAUACAGUUUAGAAAUUUUAUUAGAAUUAGCAUCGCAUGCUAGCGACGAAACUGUAUUAGAUAGAAUUGUACCUUAUAUAAUGUAUUUAGCGCACGAUAGUUCCACGCGAGUCAAAAUAUCAGCUAUAAAUACAAUAACAAAAUGUUUAGAUUUGGUUAGUAAAAUAUCUAGAUCGGAUGCUAACGUCUUUCCGGAAUAUAUACUACCAGAACUUGCUCCCCUAGCGACCGAUCCGAAUACUUGUGUUAGAGCGGCUUAUGCUAAAAAUAUAGCAACUUUGGCCGAAAUAGCUUUAAGGUAUUUAGAACAGAUACAAAAUGAUUGGUACGAUAAUAAUAAUACCAAUAAACAAACAGAGGAACACACGUUCAAUUACGAGCUGGAAUUGCAAGCUUUACACGAUAUGGUAUCACAAACCGUAACUGCCCUUUUGACUGAUACACAAGCCGUCGUGAAACAAACGAUGAUGGAUAGCGGUAUUACGAAAUUAUGUGUGUUUUUUGGAAAAGUCAAAGCAAACGACAUUUUACUAUCACAUAUUAUCACAUUUUUAAAUGAUAAAGAAGACAAAGAAUUACGAGGAACUUUUUUUGAUUGCGUAAUUGGUGUGGCGGCUUAUAUAGGGUGGCACUGUUCCGGAAUAUUCACCCCCCUUUUACUUCAGGGUUUAAGUGAUUCUUCUGAAUUUGUAACGGCUAAAAGUAUAAACGCAAUGUCCCAUUUAACAGAACUGAACCUAGUGACUAAACCAUCGCUGUGCGAAUUAGUCACAGAAUGUUCCUACUUUUUGGUACACCCUAGUUUAUGGAUAAGACAAGCAGUAGCCGGUUUCAUAUCCACUGCGGCUAGAAACCUUCCAGUUCUGGACGUACAAUGCAAAAUAAUACCGAAAUUGAAGAUCUACAUGAAAUAUCAGUUGAUACAGAUAGAUAAACCGGAACUUCUGUUGGAAUGUUUGGUGAGUCCGAUACCGAGGAAUGUUUAUGACAGUGUCGUUAGUUACAACGAAAUAGAUUCGAUUUUCGAGUUAUUGAAGGAAAGAAGAUGUUUGAGAGAGUGUGUUAAUACAGGGAAAAUACCAACUACGGAUUAUUACAGGGACGCCCAACCUAGUUUGAAAAAAUUGGUUAAGAGAUUGGAAGCUAACGGAAUGAACGAAAAUAUCGAAGAGUAUUUUUUGAGAAUGGCGCAUCAUUUGAAAAAAAUCAACAAGUACAAAAUAAUCCAAUCGGAAAAUAGGUUGAAUAGAACUUCGGAGGGGAAAAUUGAAAUAAGUUCCAUUAACGGAUCGGUGAAAAGCCACGUGAUGAAUUUGGGGGAGACCCAAAAGGGGGACUACUUAACUAACAGACUACACAGAACUAACACUUCCGGAUCAAUAGACACUAACAUUAACUCAGAAUGGAAUUAUAGUACUGAAGUAUUAACAAGACAUUCAGAAAGUACCAAUUCCGGCGGUCCACCAUCGAGAUCUACAUCUAGCAGACCAUCUUCGCCUCCGCCGGAUACCAACAUUCAAUUUAAUACCACAGAACCGUCUUCGAAUGCCAGUCUACACGAAAGAUCUUACAUACAAUACCGAAAAUCGGAUUGUUACAUCGAACUGGCAAAUUUGAAAAAUAGACAACAGGAUCACUAUUUUGAAGCUUUAAGAAACAAAGAAUGGGUGGAACAGGCAACUUGGCGUCCACAAUUACCGCCCCCGGGUUGGAGAUUGAGAGGCGUUUUGAUAGCCCAUUUGCACGAACAUAAAGGAGCCGUAAACAAAUUGUGCGUUUUACCGGAUACCCCGUACUUCGCCAGUUCUUCUGUAGACGGUUACGUAAGGUUAUGGGAUUGCGCUAAAAUGGAAGGUAAAAACAUCGCCAACAGAUCAAAACAAUACUUCAAACAUUCGUCGAAUAUAACCGGCAUGGCGGUGUGCGAAAGCGGACAAUCCUUAGGCGUGAUAUGUCAAGAUGGUUCCGUCAAUAUAUUGAGAAUAGACAACGCGAACAAUAAGAUGACGCCCGGACAAUUUCGACAAUUGAACCCGUACGACGAAGGUUUCGCCGUCGACGUUCAAUGUUUGGAUUCGGGAUCGCAGAGCGUGUUAGUUUACGCCACUCUGUACGGUUCUUUGGUCGGUUGGGAUCUUAGAGCGCCGGGGGUGGCUUUCAGAUUGGAAAACGGUUUAAAGAGCGGGGUUGUAACGACUUUCUGUUUGGAUUCGCACCAGAGUUGGUUGAUGCUCGGUACCAGUAAUGGUACCCAUUCCGCGUGGGAUUUGAGAUUCCAAUUACCUAUCAUGACUUUUGAUCAUCCGUCAGGUAACGUAAGAAUAAAAAAAGUGAUGAGUCACCCGACGGAACAUUCUUGGGUACUUUCCAGCGUUCAAGGUAACAACGAAAUAUCUAUGUGGAACAUAGAAACCAGCUUCAGACAGGAAGUUUUAUGGGGCAGUACCACGCCGCCUCUCUCGAAACAAGUGAGUUCGUUGGUAAAUUGGAAGGAAAAUAUUAUUUUUUAUGGUUUUCAGGGUACACCACACAGCGUGUGCGCAAUGUUGGGCGGUUGUAUUGAUAGAUCUCCAUUUCUUUUAACCGGUGGUAGCGAUCAAAGAUUGAGGUUUUGGAAUUUGGGAAAAUCUAGUUUUGAACAAUCUUAUUUGGCCAUUCCAGCAGCUAGCGAUCCCGUCGGUACGGCGUUGAGCUACAGACAACGAGUGAUUGAUGGUACUAGCGUGAUAUACGAAGAAGCUUGUACUAUGAGAAAACUCGAUAGGGGUGAAGAAAUACCAAGACCGGGACCAGAACCGCCAGCUGCUGGUCAUAGAGAUUGCAUUUCAGAUAUCGCUAUGUGUAAAGCGUCGCAAUGUUUCUUGGUAACUUCGUCUAGAGAUGGUGUUAUAAAAGUAUGGAAAUAAGGAAUUCACCUCUAAACUUAUUUAUUUAUUAGGAAAAAUUAAUCACGUCGUUGUCCUAUUAACUUAUAUAACAAAAACUUUAUUAUUUUCGUCAUAUAAAAAAAAAACUUUGUGAGUUAGAAAAACAUGUGAUAUUCUCAAAUAUUUUAAGUAUUUUUUCAGUUUAUGUAAAUAUUAUUACAUAAUAAAGCGAUUAUUAAUCUUAAA